AUCUUAAAGAUGUACAAAUUGUUGUGCUUUGCCGCCCUUUUGGCUUGUGCCUCUGCCGGUUUUAUCGGGGCUCCGCUUGUGGCCCACUUGCCCUUAGUGCGCGCCGCCCCCGUCGUCCACACCCACGUGGUGCAUGCCGCCCCCUUGGUCUACGCUCUCCACCACCACCACCAUGGCUUUUACUUCCGUCGUUGAUUUAGUUUUGACCAAAUUUGCAAUAAAAAUAUUGUAGUUG